AUGGAAAAAUCUCUACUGCGCAAGAAUGUCUUGCAAAAGAUACUCCGGCGUUCGACCAUGGCAAAAAACCAAGUAGCUCGGCGGCUUGCCAAGCAGAAAGCCAAAGAAGAGCGGGAUCAAAGGAAGAGCGAUCGUGAAGGCGCUAUCCAUCACUACCGACUGCACAAAGAUCUAGUUUCAAAAGAAAGGCUGGCACGAAGAGAAGACUGGGAAUUGGCUGGUCUCGCGCCAAAAAGAGACGUCGGGAACCAGAAAGAAACAUAUGGAGCCGUAGACGGACAGUUAAUUCAAGGACCCAAACUUACCAAGGAACAGUCCGAGGAGCGGAUGAAAGACUUCGGAGGGCGUUUCUUGAGCCUCUUUAUUGGGGAUCGAGUAGUUCUUCUAGAGGGUAGGGACAAAGGAAGGAUUGGCAAGGUGAUUAAGAUCGAUCGGGAUAGAGCAGAGUGUACUGUUGAAGGUUUAAAUUUGAUUGAUGUGAAGCUGCCGCAGUACAUGAGAGCCGCGGAUCCGAAUGAUACUCGGGCUGUCCGCACUAUCGAAAAGGCCAUUUCUAUCGCCUCAGUCCGUCUCGUAUAUCCCCUAGUCGACAGCGAGACAGGUGUCACCCGAGAAGUAAUCAUCAAAAGACUAGUAAAUGGUCCCAUAUUCCACGAUAAGCAUAUGCGGACAGCGCGAUGGGCGCGUAUCGUACCUGGCCUAAAUAUUACAAUACCUUGGCCUAAAAAGGAGCCACCACAACACCAGGAUCAAGCUGCUGACACGCUUCGUCUAGACGUCGAUGUCAAGAACUUUGUACCAACCUUGUUAACACCUCCAAUGCCGCCAAGUGUUAUCGACGAGCUACGGAACAAGUAUUCAAAGUUCAGGACUCGACAUGACUCGGAAUAUAUUGAGAAAAAGAUGUCAGAAGAAGCAGAAAGUCUAGAGCAACUUUCUAAAGCCAAGCUCAUGAGAACUCCAUUAAAAGAAGCCGCUCAAUUGCAGAGAAAAGUAAAAAAAGCUAAAGGCAGAGAUAUUUUAACGCCUGAUAUGUUAACGAAAAUUGGUACUAUCAUCGCUAAAACCCGGGGCACUAGCAUGCCAUUCACAGAGAUACCGAAAAGCCAAGACCCCCUCACGACAUCAUGUUGA